AACUGAGGCAUUUGAGGCAUCAUGGGAGGGCAUGGCAUUUGUUGCGGAAACUGAGGCAUUUGAGGCAUCAUGGGAGGGCAUGGCAACUGUUGUGGAAACUGAGGCAUUUGAGGCAUAA